GCUUUAAGGCUAGCUUAAUUUAGCAGCAUCAACUCUAAGACUAAGUUCAUUGAAGGAGUGUUCGAGACCCUGAACGCAUUCGUUGAUAUUUAUUCUUAUUUGUUCACCAUCGUUUAGAUCAUUCAUGGCUUAUCCAGGUGGAAAUCAAGGACACAAUCCUUUAGCCCAAUAUGCUGGGGUAUAUGGGCCUCCUCCAACUGGUGCUCCAGGACAAGGAUACCAGGGGCAGGUUCCACCUCCUGGAGGCCAGGGCUAUCCCGGACAGCCACAGCAAGGUUUCCCACAGCAAGCUCCUCCCCAAGGCUACAGACCCCAGGCUCCACCUACAGCCCCGUGCCAGGCACCGCCCCAGGGAUACCACCCAGGGCCGUAUGGACAACAACAAGGUUACGGAGCAGCAGGUGCACCACCAGCCCCUGGCCAGCCACAGGGCAUGCCCCCUGGAAUGAACCCUGACAUCUACUCUUGGUUUGUGGCAGUAGACCAGGACAACACUGGCAAGAUCGAUUCCAAGGAACUCCAGCAGGCCCUCACCAACUCUAACUGGUCAAAGUUUGAUGAGGCCACCUGCAAAUACAUGAUUGGAAUGUUUGAUAAAGAUAAAAGUGGCACAAUAGAUGCCAGCGAGUUCUCCCAACUGUGGAAUUAUAUUCAGCAAUGGAAGCAGGUCUUUGAUGGCUUUGACAGAGACAGGUCUGGGGGAAUUGAUGCUAGUGAACUCAACACAGCCCUUAAUCAGAUGGGUUACCGUCUAUCACCGGCAUUCAGCCAGAUGGUUGUCAACAAAUACGACAAUGUCCACCAUAAGCAGAUCGGACUGGACACUUACAUCAAGACGUGUGCUGUUCUAAACAGCUUGACCGCUGCUUUCAGGCAGAGGGAUACUCAGAUGACCGGAAGUAUUAAUAUUAAUUAUGAAGAUUUCUUAAUGGUGGUGUUAUCCUCUCAACCAUGAUGGAACUUAAAAUGAAAUUUAUAAAUUUUACAAUCUGGAUUUUAAAAAAAAUCAGGGAGAAAUCACGAAUGUCAUUAGUAAUGCAAUGAUAUCCAAAAGGAAAGCAACUGAUGUUGAUAUUCAAAAUUGAAAUGCCUUAUCUAGAAAUCUGUAGCCUGGUCAUUGAUUGAAUUAAAGGAAAAAAAAAUGAGAUAAGCAAUUUGAAAAAAGAUAAGGAAAAUGAAUUCAGAUAAAUAAAUUUGAAUGUAUCAUUCCAUUUGUGUAUUGAACUUUCAGACCUAAAAGUUAAGGACAGGAAGAAGUUUAAACCUGCAUUUUUAGAUUGUAAACUUACAGUAUGUUGGACACAGUUGACAAGUGUAUGAAAAUAUUGCAUUCAUUACUAAGACUUGAAAAUGAAUGUCUUUCAGGUCACUCUCAUAAUUCACUAUACCCCCAGCAAACAAGGAUUUAAGAUGGGUAUAUAGGACAACUCAGCUCUAUGGUUUGAUGUCUGGGUGGUCAGUCGGUCAGUUGCAAAACUUGCAGAAUGAAAUAUGUGUAUGCGUAGUUCCUUAGUUUUUAUCAAAUGCUUGCAAGACUUGGCACUCGGGUCAGUUAGUUCUGAAUUUAAGAUGCACACAACACAUAUUUUUUGAUGUUGGUUUAAUACUUCAUUGUUCUGGUUAACUUUACAUCUAUGCGAUUAAAAUCAGAGAAAAUGCAGUUUUCAUCUUUCAAGUAGGCCAUACCAGGGUGACCAGAU